AUGGUUAUAUUAUAUUGAUACAGUUGACAAACAACAUCUUCUUAGAUAGUUUGUGUAAUUAUGUACUCAUUAUUGUUUUAUUUAUAUUAAGAACGAUUAGCUCGGGAUCUAUCUGCUGUGUCAAAGAUCAACGAUUUCUCUUUAGGUUAUAAUUACCAGUAAAUAAUUAAAAAUUGAUCUGCUUGCUUAGUUCAGGGAUAAGAUAGAGAAAUUUGUUAUUCUCCCGGGCAGAAUUUAUGUGAUUUGCUAACUUUAAGUUGAAUUGUGAAUAUUAGUGUGUACAGUGUUUUGCGCCCUAAGUAGUGAGAUUAAUAGGCUCAAAAUGAAGCUGGUUCAAUUCAUGAUGACCACUGGAAAAAUAAAACUGGGAGUAGUGAAUGGAGAGAAAGUAAUCGAUUUAAAUUCUUACGCGAACUGGAUUCCGAACGAUUUGAUUAAGUUUCUUCACGAGCACGACUACGCUUUCGAAAAACUUAAGGAAAUAGCCUUGGAUCCACGUAAUCAGUCAUAUCCAUUGAAUAAAGUUCAUUUGAUGCCUCCGAUCAAGAAACCAGACAAAAUUCUUGGUAUAGGUCUGAAUUAUACCGAUUACUGCGAAGAAAAUAAGAUACCUUACCCGAAAGAACCAAUAGUUUUUAGCAAAUUUGCCUCAACUAUCAUCGGGCCUUUUGAUAAAAUCCAACAUCCUUCUUGUAGUCAGGCUGUGGAUUGGGAAGUUGAAUUAGUGGUAAUUAUGGGUAGAGUUACAAGAAAUAUCAAAGCAGCUGAUGCUUUUGACUAUAUAUUUGGAUACUCAGCCACUCAGGAUCUUACUGCCAAAGACUGGAUGACCAGAAAUGGUGGACAGUUCCUAUUAUGCAAAAACAUGGAUCACUUUUGUCCAUUGGGCCCUUACAUUGUCACCAAAGACGAAAUCAAGAAUCCACACGACAUCAACAUCAAAACCUGGGUGAAUGGCAACUUGAAACAAAGCGGAAACACCAAAAAUCUCAUUUUCAAAAUCGACAAGCUUAUUGAACACCUUUCCAGUGUGAUGACGUUAUUGCCAGGUGACGUCAUAUGUACAGGUACCCCUGCUGGAGUGGGAUCGACAAGGAAUCCUCCAGAAUUUUUGAAACGUGGUGAUGUACUGGAAACUGAAGUGGAAGGUAUUGGCAGACUACGAAACGUUGUAUUUUAAGUAUAUGAAUCGUCUGUUUAAAUAGAUAUAAGUAUAUUAUAGAUAAUUUUAAAAAUGUAAAUAAUGUAUAAUUUGUGGCUAAAAAUAUCAUGAUGCUAGUAAAUUUAUUUUUAAAUUUUGAA